AUGAGUUUAAGAGUAAUAUUAGCAACAUUUGUUGCAAGUUUGCAAAUAAUAUGGGUGAAUGGGCAACAACCACAAGUACCUUGUUUGUUCAUAUUUGGAGACUCAUUAUCAGAUAGUGGCAAUAAUAAUCCCCUUCUAACAGCGGCCAAGUGCAACUUUCCACCCUAUGGGGUAGAUUUUCCUGAUGGGCCAACUGGAAGAUUUACCAAUGGCAGAACCACAAUUGAUCUUAUUGGUGAUCAUCUAGGUUUACCCGGAUAUAUCAAAGCUUUUCCAAGUAUACCAGAAUCUGAAAUAGCAAGAGGCGUAAAUUAUGCAUCCGGUUCGGCUGGAAUUCUCAACGAAACUGGUCUUCAAGUGGGGCAACGAAUUUGUAUGAACACGCAGAUGGAUAGACACAGACAAAUAAUAACAAAAAUCAAGGCAAAAUACGGCAAAGAAGCAGCUGAAGCUCACCUUAACCAAUGCCUCUACUCCAUUUAUGUUGGAAGCAACGAUUGGAUGUUUAACUAUUUCGUGCGACCAUCUGUAAUGGCCACUCACAUGAUUCCCCACACUUAUGGUGACCAGCUCCUUGCGCAAUUAACCAGUCAAAUAGAUGAUCUUCUGGAUAUGGGGGCCAAGAAGGUCAUAAUGUUUGGGCUUUCACCACUUGGUUGUCUUCCAAUUUUAAAUAUGAUUAAGACAUGUUCACCCGUGGUCAAUGCAGUCUUGAAAUGGUAUAACGGCAAACUAAAAGAACUAGUUGAUAAAUAUAAUAAUCGUCCUGGUGUCAAAUUUAUUUACAUCAACACUAUGGAUAUCAUCUCCGCAGAUAAUCUUAAAAACAUUGCUGCUGCAGGGAUUAAAAACACAAAUCGACCUUGUUGUGGAGUGGCAGCAGAAUGCGUUCCAUUUAGUAUUCCAUGUCAAGAUAGAGACAAACGUGCAUAUUGGGAUCAAGAACAUCCUACUGAAGCUGCUAACAAGAUUUUGGCUGGGAGAGCUUUCAAAGCUCAAGAAGAAUCUGAUGCUUAUCCUAUGGACAUAAGCGCCCUUGCUAGCCUUCCUCUUACACAAGGCGCGAGCGCAAGCAUAGGCGUAGGUCCGGGAGUCGGUGCCGGCGUAGGCAUAAAUGCAGGCACAGGCUUAGGUAUAAGUGCAGGUACAGGUGCAAACCUAGGCGUAAGUGGAGGCACAGGCCUAGGCGCAAAUGCAGGCGCAGGACUAGGCGCAGGUGCAGGCGCGGGCUCAGGCCUAGGGGCAGGUGCAGGCGCAACCUCAGGCCUAGGAGCAGGUGCAGGCGCGGCCUCAGGCCUAGGCGCAGGUGCAGGCACGACCACAGGCGCAAACUCAAGAUUAGGCUUAGGCUUAGGCACAGGUGCAGCAAAUAAGCAUUUACAAAUAACAGGCGCAUCUAAUUCAAAGUGA